UUUAAACCGGGCCGAGAGAGUCACAGACACCACCAUAUUUGACUGGACUGGAGGAAGAAGAGAUCGAACAACAACAAUCGAUCGAGGAGAGGUCGUGUGACACGAUGAGCAGCAGCAGGCCGGUGUGCGUCACCGGUGGCAGCGGCUACAUCGCGACGUGCCUCAUCAAGAAGCUGCUGCAGCGAGGCUGCGGCGUGCAUGCGACCUUGAGAAAUCUCGGAGAUGAGAAGAAGACGGCGCUGCUGAGGAGGAUGCCCGGCGCGGCGGAGCGGCUGGUGCUGUUCGAGGCGGACAUGUACGACGCCGCCACCUUCGAGCCCGCCAUCGCCGGCUGCGAGUUCGUCUUCCUCCUCGCCACCCCGCUAAUUCAUGAUCCGCUUAGCACCAAGUACAAGAACACCACCGAGGCGGCUGUGGACGCGAUGCACAUCAUCCUGCAGCAAUGCGAGCGGUCAAAGACGGUGCGGCGCGUCAUCCACACGGCCUCCGUCACCGCCGCGUCACCGCUCAGGGAGGACGGCGAGGGGUACAAGGACUUCAUCAACGAGUCAUGCUGGACUCCUCUUGAUCUCUCCAACCGCUAUAGCAACGUCAUGAUGGAUGCUUAUGUUUCAUCCAAGACACUCACAGAGAAGCUACUGCUGAGGUACAACGAGUCCGAGAGCAGGGCGUUCGAGGUGGUCACCCUGACAUGCGCGCUCAUCGGCGGCGACACCGACACCACGCAGCUCUAUCACUCGCUAAGCAUCCCGCUGAUCGUGUCGCCGCUCACCGGCCAGGAGCUCUACCACGGCGGCCUCAAGUCCCUGCAAGCGCUGCUGGGUUCUGUGCCACUGGCGCACAUAGACGACAUAUGCGAGGCACACAUCUUCUGCAUGGAGCAGCAACCAUCCAUCGCCGGCCGAUUUCUCUGCGCCGUUGGGUACCCCAACAUGCAGGACUAUGUCGACCGUUUCGCUGUCAAGUACCCGGAGAUCGCGAUAAAGCUUCAAGGGGUGAUUGGGAAGGAUGUGAGGGUGAAAGCGGAUACAAACAAGCUUGGGGAUUUGGGGUUCAAGUACAAGUUUACGGUGGAGGAGACGUUGGACAGCAGCGUGGAAUGUGCCAAGAGGCUGGGAUUACUUUGAGCGUGCCAAGCAGUAUAAUUUCUGUCCUAAUGUCUGUAUUUGUUCCGGCCCUUUUACUCCAACCGUAUCUAAGAAAUGUACCCUAAAGCUAUCAGAACAUUGUUCAUCGAUAAUAUUACCUCCGUUUCAGGUUACAAGACGUUUUGACUUUAGUCAAA